AUGUCCUACUCUCCAACCCAAAUACAACAUACACAAGUACAAGAGGACGAUGAAGAGCAAUCUAAUGGUAGCGAAUCUCCACAAGAAGAAUCAUCUCACUCUUAUAUAGCCACACAAAUACAAGAUAACGAUGAUAUGUAUGAUGAGGAAGAUGAUCAACCUACAGAACAACCUACAGAAGAGCAAUAUCAUGAUGAGGAAGAACAAUCCGAGGAAAAACAACAGAAAGAGUUAGAGUUUGAUGAAGAAGAAAAAGAAGAACCAAAGAAAUCAUCCAAAAAAAAGAAAAAGAAAUUAGAAGUGAAAGAAAAAAAGAGAAGACAAAAAAAGGAUGAUGAUGAUGACUACCAAGAUGAGGAAGAGAGUGAAAAAUCAGUCAAUGAAGAGGAUGAAAACAAUGACGAAGAAGUGGAUAAAAAAAAGAAAAGAAAAAGAUUACAAAAAGGAAAAGAAAAAAGGAAGAAAAAGAAGGAAUCAAAUGAAGAAACUAGUCCUUCCAAUGAGGAUGACUCUUCUCUAAUCCAUGAUGAGGAAAAUGAAGGAUCGUCUCGAUCAAAACAAAAUGUGGAUGAUGACGAAUUCAACAAGUAUGUUUUGAAAGAGGUCAAAUCACGUCGUUCAGCUUCUACAGAUAAAUUGGAAGCUACAGCACAGCCACAAGCAGCAGAGAUUAUAAAACGUAUGACUGCUGCCUACUCUGAUGAUGUGGAGGCAUAUCACAAGAAGAAACCUGCUCUUAACAAGUUACAACUUCUUCCUGAAGUUAUUGAAUCUUGUAAAAAGAUUUAUUUACAAGGCCAUUUAAUCUCCGAAGGUAUCUUGGGAGCAUUGGAGAAGUGGAUAGUACCUGAUAAGGAUUUACCACACCCAAGUAUCAAUAUUCAAACUGGAGUGUUGACAAUUUUAAAUGAUUUACCAGUUUCAUCAUCAUAUGAAGGAGAUGAAAAAUGGAUUACAAGAGAAUUAUUGAAAUCAUCCAAGAUUCCAAAAACAAUCAAACAAAUUGCUAACAAUCCAUCAACAACACCAAGCAAUAGAAAGUUGGCUAAAAAAAUUGUUGAACGAUGGAGCAGAUUAGUAUAUCAAUUACCAUCAGAAUACGGAGAAUUGUACAAAAAGCAAGCCGUGAUGGUGGAUGAAACUCCACAACCAUCACCAAAACAAACCUCUUCAUUUUCUAAAUCUUCAGAACCAAUCCAAAGGAAGAAACCUAAAUCCAAUUCAAUCAGGGCUAGUAUUCCAAGGAAAGAAAGUUUUGAUUUUACACGAUUACCUCCAUCUAAACCACUCCUUAAAAAAGAAAAGGCAGAAAAUGAAGUUCACAAGAGAUUGUUGAAUGUGGGCAACAGAAAAAGAUAA